AACACAAGGAGAGAAACACGCACAAAAACAAUGGCAAACCUCAAUCUUCUUCUCCUCUUCAUCCUCUCAAUCUCAGCAUCCAUGAUCUUGUUAGCUUCUUCAAGCACAACAACAAGAAGCUCCAAAUUCCUCCAAUGCUUCAUAAACAAGACUAACUCCACCAAAAACAUCUACACACCGAACACAAGCUCCUACACCAACGUCCUCCUUUCCUCCGUCCAAAACACUCGUUUCAUCACCUCUAAUACCACCACCAAACCAUCCUUCAUCAUCACCGCUGCCACCUUCUCCGACGUGCAAGCCUCCAUAACAUGCAGCCGUCUCGCCGGCCUUCGUGUCCGUGUACGUAGCGGCGGUCAUGACUAUGAAGCCAUGUCCUACGUCUCCUCCGGUGAUCCAUUCAUCACCAUAGACCUUGCUAAACUCCGUUCCAUCACUGUCGACAAAGCUCACGGCACUGCAUGGGCUCAAGCAGGUGCUACCGUAGGUGAGUUGUACUACACCAUUGCUAAAAACAACAGUACAGUGGCCUUUCCUGCAGGUAUCUGCACAACCCUCGGCCUCGGCGGGCACUUCACCGGUGGUGGGAUUGGGACUCUCAUGAGGAUGUAUGGAACUUCAGCUGAUAACAUAGUUGAUGCUCUUAUAGUGGACUCUAAAGGCAAACUUAUGAAUAGAAAAGCCAUGGGAGAGGAUCUCUUUUGGGCUAUAAGAGGUGGAGGAGGUGCAAGCUUUGGGGUUGUUCUCUCAUUCAAGAUAAAGCUUGUCAGCGUUCCGAGCACAGUCACUGUUUUUAAUGUGAUCAAGAACUUGGGUGAGAAUGCAACAGAGCUUGUGGAAAGGUGGCAGACAAUUGCACCAAAGUUUGAUGAGAAGCUGUUUAUAAGAGUGGUUGCUCAGGCUGCGAAUGGAGGUACAACCAUUCAAGCUGUGUUCAAUUCAUUUUAUCUUGGCAGGAUAGAGGAGUUACUUCCGGUGAUGAAGAAGAGUUUUCCAGAGUUAGGAUUGAAGAGAGAGGAUUGCACUGAGGUGAGUUGGUUAGAGUCUGUGCUUUUCUUUAAUGGAGAAUUAGGAAAGAGUGUGGAUAUUUUGCUAGACAGAGAACCACAGUCCAACGGUUCAUUCAAAGCCAAAUCAGACUUUGUGAAGAAGAGUAUAAAUAAGGAAGGGUUAGAGAAGAUAUGGGAGUUUCUUAUGGAGGCUAAGGAUGAACCUUUGACUCUGAUAUUUGAUCCAUUUGGAGGGAAGAUGUAUGAGAUAUUAGAGUCAGAUAUUGCUUUUCCUCAUAGAAAAGGGAACUUGUAUAAUAUUCAAUACUUCAUGAGAUGGUCUGAGACUGCUUCUGCUGUUAGUGAGAAGCAUCUUGAAUGGAUGAGAAAGAUGUAUGAGUUUAUGGCACCUUAUGUUUCUAGUCAACCAAGAACUGCUUAUUAUAAUUAUAAGGAUAUUGAUCUUGGUGUAGCACAUGGAAGCUAUUUGGAAGAUGAAGUUUGGGGUGUUAAGUAUUUUAAGGAUAACUUCAAGAGAUUGGCGCUUGUGAAGGGGAAGGUUGAUCCUGAUAAUUUCUUUCGGAAUGAACAAAGCAUCCCCCCUUUAGUACUUGCCAAACACUAGAAUUUAAAUUAAAAUACUAGACCACAAAAUCAUUGUGAUAAAAAGUUGGUUUAUAGGUGUGUUUAUACACUGCAUGGCUUGUAAUGUCUUAUCAUUUGUACUUUG